AUGUCCUUGGCAUUUAGAACCCUUUCGUUCGGUAUUAAAAGAUCACAACCGAAAAAGAAAGAUGCCGAUGAUCUUAACAAAAAGAAAGAACUAUCAACGAUCACAGAAGAAUCGCUUCGGAGAUAUGACGAACUUCGUGAAAAAAUGAUCGGAAAAGUCGAGUCAAAAAUUGAGAAAAAAGUGAAGAAAAAUAAAAAGAAAGCGUCGAUUGAAAUUCUUGCAUCACGAAAGAGAGUACAUGAUUCUGACGGAGAUUCUGAAAAUGAAGUGGAGGAGACCGUUGGCGACGUGGAAAAGAGAAUGCAGAAAUUGCUCGACGACAUUCGCCGUACCAAUCGAAUUUUCACUUGGGGUGAUCAUCUUCCUAAUAUUAUUCUACGAUUCUCCGAUUCCAGCAUGUCACCAUCAUUGCUCAAUCGUCUAUCUGAGAAUUCAAUCCGUCAACCAUCACCAAUUCAAAUGCAAUCAAUUCCAUUUAUGACUGAGAGAAGAAAUGUUCUUGCUAGUGCUCCCACAGGAUCAGGAAAAACGUUGGCGUUUGCUCUUCCAGUCAUCGAUGAGAUUCUCGAAUUAAAGCAACGUGCUGAUUAUUCAUCCUCUAACUCUUCGAAGCUGUUGGCAGUGGUACUCGAACCGACAAGAGAACUAGCAGCACAGACUUACACCGAAUUUUUGAAAUAUUGCGCCAAUACUUCGAUCUCAGCUGCCAACUUCAGUGGAGAAGAAACUGAUAUUCAGCAUGCAGAUAUCCUCGUGUCAACUCCAAAUCGUAUCGUUUUUCAUUUGGAUAAAAUUGAUACGUCUUCAUUAAGAUGGCUUGUCGUUGAUGAAUCCGAUCGUUUGUUCGAGGUUGUUGAAGGCCAGGACAAGUGCUUCCGUAACCAACUCGCUGCAAUUUACAAGGCUUGUGAUGCCAAAUGCACACGUGUCGCAUUCUUCAGUGCCACAUUUUCACAUGAAGUUGAAAAAUGGUGUAAGGAGAAUAUCGAUGAAAUUGGUAUGGUAUGUGUUGGUGAACGAAACUCGUCUAAUACAAGUGUGAAGCAAAAGUUAACCUAUUGUGGAACUGAAGAUGGAAAGAAAAUCGCUAUUCGAAAUUUGUUGCGAACUUCCUUCAAACCACCAGCUCUAGUUUUUGUACAAAGCAAGGAUCGUGCCGUGCAACUGGUGAAAUUACUGUCUGCAAUUGAUUCAAAUCUAAAAGUUGAUUCAAUCAACAGUGGAAAAAGUGAUAAGGAAAGGGAUGAAACGAUGGAAAGGUUCCGUCGAGGAGAGAUAUGGGUUCUCGUUUGUACUGAAUUACUUGGAAGAGGUCUUGACUUGUCUGAUGUUGGAUUGGUUAUCAAUUAUGAUUUGCCAACUUCAAUUGUUAGCUACAUUCAUCGUGUUGGAAGAACUGGUCGUGCUGGAAAGAGUGGUCAUGCUGUCACAUACUUCACAGAUGCUGAUAUGAAGUAUAUUAAAUCAAUUGCAACUGUUAUCCGUCAAUCUGGUUUUGAUGUGCCGGAGUAUUUAAUGGAAAUGAAAAAAGUCUCGAGAGAUCGUAAAAAGGAUAUGCUCAAACAUGCUCCAAAGCGUCACAAAAUCGCCAUUGUAAAAGAGCAGGUGAUCAAGAAGAAGAAAAUGUUAGCAAAGGCAGCCGCUGAGGAAAAAGCGAAGAAUAAAACUGAAACACAGACAGCGGAGAAACCAGAGAAGAAAAUCAAGAAAAAGAAGUUGAUCAAGAAGAACAAUAAGAAUAUAUAAAUGUUUUGCGAAUUUUGCGCUCAAUUGUUUUGUUGUUUCAGUUGAAAAUUGUUAGGAUUUUUUUGUUUUUUUGUUGUUUUGCUGUUUUUCGUUGUUGAAAUAAUCGAGUCCAAUUUAAAAGUUUUACCAUUAUCUCCAUUUU